GAGCCGGAGAGCGUAGUCGAUAUUGAAAGAAAAAGCAUCACGCGUAAACACGCCCAAGGAACUGUCGUUCAUUUCUCUCUGCAAAUGCAAUGAAGUUGCCGAGUUAGUGAGCUGUGAGCAUUUCUUCGAUCGGGGAAUUAGCGUUUAGUUUAGGACCAAAAUGUCUGAUCAUCCAGAACCUGAAACAAGCGCAAGGAAGAGUCGCAAACUCAAUGAAGCAGUCAUGUUUUCAAGUGUGCCUUUGGAACUCAUACCAGAUAUACUUCUACGAUUGCCUGUGAAGCCUCUGCUUCGUUUCAGAUGUGUAUCUAAGUCCUGGCUUGCCGAAAUUGAUGGCCCAGAUUUCAUCAAGAGUCAUAUGAGACGAUCCAUCGAAACCACAGCCAAUCAUCAUCUCAUUCUGACCGAAGCUGAUAUGGUGGAUGAGUGGAAUAUGAACAGAUACCCUCCAACUCGUAUGUUCUCAGCGAGUCUCGACAAGGGACUUGGUCAACCCCUAAAAGCCCUUAGCAACCCUCUGAUUUCUGUGAAAUGGACAACCGAAAUAUUGGGCUCAUGCAAUGGGUUGCUUUUAUUGCAAAACAAUGGCCAAGAUCUUGUACUUUGGAACCCUUUUACCAGGAGGUAUAAAACAAUGCCCACUGAGGCCAUUGAUACACCUACUGCACCUCGAAAUCGACAUUCACCCACAUAUGGAUUUGGCUAUGACACCAUCCGCAACGACUACAAGGUUGUAAGAAUCAUCCAAUGUUUUCCUUAUGAUAGUGGGCUUACAGAAGCCUGUGAAAUAAAGGUAUUUAGUUUGACUAUGAAUUCUUGGAGAAGGGUUCAAGUACCC